AGGCAAAGUGUAGGAAAGACUGAAAGAGAGCUAGCUAGGAGUAGAAUUUAGAGAAAAUGGGGAGCUCCUAUGAGUUUUCAAGAAAUGAAAACAAAGAUGUUUCACUUCAGGAACUGAGAGACAGGCUUGCUGAGUUUUCUCGAGUUAGAGAUUGGGAACAAUACCACAGUCCUAGAAAUCUUCUUCUAGCACUAGUUGGAGAGGUUGGGGAGCUGUCUGAGAUCUUCCAGUGGAAGGGUGAAGUUGCAAGAGGACUACCAAACUGGAGUUCUGAUGACAAAGAACAUUUAGGAGAGGAGCUCUCUGAUGUGCUGCUCUAUCUGAUCCAGCUUGCCGAUGUUUGCGGCAUUGAUCUUGGACAAGCAGCACUCAGUAAGAUUGUCAAGAAUGCUAGGAAGUAUCCAGUUUCCAACCAAACACCAGCUGCAGCUUCAACCAACUAGCUAGCAUUGAAGAACCACCUUUCUCUAUAUCUAUUUAUGUAUUGGUUGAUUACACUUCAUUUUCCAAGUGUGUUUUGAGUCGAGUCUUAUUUUGUUUACAAGAUCUAUGAAAUUUGCUUCUUGUUUGAGAAAUGAGAACAAGGUGGAGUAUGUAUCAGAGUUAUCUGGUAAGUAGAGACUAGCUGUCAAUCCUGUCAUUGCUUUGAAGCUUAGAAUGAAGAAUGAAACAAGGUAGGGACUUG